AUGCAAGGUCAAAUAGAUCAUAUCCUAUUCAUCAAACACUCAGAAACUGGGAAAAUAGCAGUAUUGAUUGUGUAUGUUGAUAAUAUCAUUGCCACUGGCAACCACACUGAAGAAAUGAUUUUGAUCAAAGAAAUGUUGGCAAAAGAUUUUGAAGUCAAGAAUCUUGGCGGAUUCGGGUAUUUUCUGGGAAUGGAAUUUGCUACAAGCAAACUAGGGAAUUCAGUUUCUCAAAGAAAAUACACUCUUGAUCUCUUAAAUGAAACAGGAAUGCAUGGCAGUAAACCCAGCAGAACUUCAAUCGAGCUGGGAGACAAGAAGAAAAUGUUUGAAGGAAGUCCAAUUGACAAAGGAAGAAUUAUGAGGUAUCUAAAGCAAACACCAGGAAAAGGUCUUUUCUUCAAAAAGACAACUGAGAGGAAGAUCGAAGUACUCACAGAUGCAGAUUGGGCUGGGUCAGUUAAUGAUAGAAAGUCUACAUCUGGGUAUUGCACAAUUGUAUGA